AGGCACCGUGCACAUUAUGUCUUCUAAGUUAAAAAUCUUAGUCCCAGUGAAGAGAGUCAUUGACUAUGCUAUCAAACCAAGAAUCAACAAAACACAGACUGGGGUCCAAAAGACGGGCGUGAAGUUCAGCAUCAAUCCGUUCUGCGAUAUUGCCGUGGAAGAGGCCGUGAGAAUUAGAGAGGCCAAUAAGGGUGCCGUCGAAAGUAUUCACGCUGUGUCUAUCGGCCCUACUAAGGCUCAAGAUGUCUUGAGAACCUCCUUAGCUAAGGGUGUUGACUCUUCUACGUUGAUCGACGUUGGCGACGCCGAAGUCGAGCCGUUGGUCGUUGCCAAGUUGUUAAGGAAGAUAGUUGAGAGACAGCAGUCCAACUUGAUCAUUUUGGGGAAACAGGCCAUUGACGACGAUUCCAACCAGACUGGGCAGAUGUUGGCGGGCUUGCUUGGCUGGCCACAAGCCACCAAUGCUUCUAAGGUUGUCGUGCAAGGUGAUGUCGUCACCGUCACUAGAGAGGUGGACGGUGGUGCCGAAACAAUCAGUGCCCAGCUUCCGCUCAUCAUCACCACCGAUUUGAGGUUGAACGAGCCUAGAUACGCUACCUUACCGAACAUGAUGAAGGCCAAGAAAAAGCCAUUGGAGAAACUCACUGCCGCUGACUUGGAAGUUGAGAUCCAAAACCGAUUGGAGAUCUUGAAGGUCGAAGAGCCGGCUGCGCGCAGUGCCGGUGUCAAGGUUGCCAACGUCGACGAGCUUAUUGCCAAGUUGCAGGCUGCCAAGGCUUUGUAGAUAACGCGGGCUUACGAUAUUAAAUAACUCAGACCACCCUUGCUAUCACGCAUAGACAUUAAAGUCCCACCGUCCGUACUUACACGCUAUUGAAUAUACGGCAUC